GGGUGGAAUUCCCUCAUGCAGGAGUUUGCACUAGAUGCCUUUACAAAGCUGGAUACUCUGGUAAUAAUAAUAAUAAUAAAAAUCCCUACUCGGUGGAUGGGGAUGGAGUCUACGGCAUUGAGACCAGGAUUUAUUAAUGUGCAAAUUGCUCUGAUAUGAUCACAUACUUUCUGCUUUGCAUACGCAGGGAGCAGCGUGGGCUGAUGGAGUAUGAACUAGCCUGGGCGAUCUUUACGAGCUGAAAUCCUGCACAUCACAGAAGGGGUUGUUUCUCUGCGCAAAACCUGGGAAGCUGUUAGAAACCUGCUUUAAAAAACAAGUGAACAAAAUCCCCAGACCUAAAUGCACCAGACUGCUCCAUGAACUCGCCAUGAAUAUAUUUUUCAUCUUUUUUGACAGAAAUGUGCAUGUAACUUUCUCUGGAGGAACCGAGGAUUUUUCUAUUUGGUCUUGUAGUAUUUCAAAACUGAAACACCAGUAGAGUCUUUUCAGCAGUGAUGAGGGAGUGACAAGUCAGAGCUCCUGCCUGCGCUCUUGGAAAUUGCAAGCAGCUAACGCUCGCUGCCAGAGCCCCCAGAUGGGACUAGAGACAAGCUCCUGUGCUCCUUACGGGGAUGAAGGUAGAGCCAUGUUACCUGCUACCUAAGCUCGCUGUUGCUGAUGUAGUUUGUGGAUAUGGUCCUGUACCAGGCUUCGUGCACAGACUCUCAGCUCUGAUCCCACCUGAGACGUUGUAGCAGCAGCAGCAGCAGCAGCAGCGAGAUCACCAGCUGUGGAGCAGGCUCCUGCAACCACCCUGCGACGGAGGGGCUGCAGCACUGGAGAGUUACUAUGCAGCUUGGACUGCUUGUGGUGGUGGUUUUUCUAAGCUCGAUGGAUCUAACAGGCAGCAGCAAAGUGGUGAAGGGCAAGAGGCAAAGACGAAUCAGCACCGAGCUGAGCCAGGGCUGUGCCAGAGGCUGCGACCUGUGCUCCGAGUUCAAUGGGUGCCUGAGAUGUUCCCCCAAGCUCUUCAUCCUUCUGGAGAGGAAUGAUAUCCGGCAAAUUGGGAUUUGCCUGCCAUCUUGUCCACUGGGAUACUUCGGCCUUCGCAAUACAGACAUGAACAAGUGCAUCAAAUGCAAAAUUGAGAACUGUGAGUCCUGUUUCAGUCGAAACUUUUGCACAAAAUGUAAGGAAGGUUUGUAUUUGCACAAAGGGAGAUGUUACGUCACAUGCCCCGAAGGCUACUCUGCUGCCAACGGCACCAUGGAGUGCAGCAGCCCUGCACAAUGUGAAAUGAGUGAGUGGGGGCCCUGGGGGCCCUGCUCCAAGAAGAGGAAGCUCUGUGGCUUCAAGAAGGGCAACGAAGACCGAACGCGGCGGAUUCUGCAGGCUCCCUCUGGAGACGUGUCCCUGUGUCCUGCCACCACCGAGGUGCGGAGAUGCACUGUGCAGAAGAACCAGUGCCCUGAAGGGAAAAGGAAGAAAAAGGAAGAGCAAGGAAAGCAAGACAAUGCGAAUGGGAACAGAAAUCGGAAAGACACCAAAGACAGUAAGUCUGGCACCAAGAAGAGGAAGAGCAGACAGAGAGGGGCCAUGGUCCCUGCCACGUCCGCCAGCCCUGCCCAGUAGCUGCCCCUUCACGUCACCUGAUGGCAAGAUUUCAUUGCUGCUAUGUAUAUGAAAGCUUUAUUGAACCAGAGCACUGCUACACCACACGUACACAUAUCCAGAAAGACAGACUUAUGUCCCAGAAUGACAGAAACCCACAGACCCGACAGAAACCACAUCCACAGUCCUUAAGGAGGCUGCACACACACACCCCCCGGGACCACAGAAGGAUGCUGCCAAGGAGUGGGAGCACACAGGGAGGGAAGCCCACCUCCCCAGGGCUCCAGGGGGACGCUGCAGGGAGGAGAGGUGGAGCAGGAGUCAGCCAAGGACCCUGACGUGAGACUUGGUGACCAAAGGCCCUGACCCGAGCCUGGCGGGGCGGCCCAGGGCAGCAGGACCCCCACGGUUACUCCCCUGGCCUGGGACCUGGACUCACACAAAGGCAGUGGCCUCUUUCUCUCCCCCUCCCUUUACUUUGUGUUUUAAGCUGUAUGACUUUAUCAUUGCAAAUACAUGUUAAACGUUUGUGGUAAGAGGUCAGUGGUAUCUGCCCUGAAUCUGCUUCAAAGAGUUAUUUCAAAUUAAAAACAAAAAUCAAAA